UUUUUAUCCGACGUGAAACACUGAUAUGUGGAAGUUACCUUGUUUUCUAUUUGCUCUUAGUCUCACUAUCGUUUGGUGCAACGGAGACUCGAGCGCUGAAGCUACUGUAUGUCCAGGCAUGAAGGGAGAACCGGGGGUUCCUGGCGUGCCAGGUCCACCGGGAAUUCGAGGUCAUACUGGUUCUCAAGGUCUCCCAGGCGGAUUGGGUGGUACCGGAGCAAAGGGUGACAAAGGAGACGAAGGUGCAGUUGGUUCUACAGGCAAACAAGGUCUUCCAGGUUUAACCGGUCCUCCAGGUCCACCGGGUCCACAAGGUCCUCCUGGGAAAUCUGGAUCAACAGGAGCGGUGGGUGUAAUCGGUCCAGCUGGUCCACCUGGCCCACAAGGAUUACCUGGAAAGACUGGACCAGCAGGUUCUUCUGGGCCUAGAGGUGCUAGAGGAGAAACAGGACUACCUGGUCAAAUAGGAGACAGAGGUCCAACAGGUCCGAGGGGCAUAGAGGGAUUGGAUGGCGUACCAGUAUGA